AUGACGUUUGCGACCUCGACCAAAUGCGACCAUGGCGCUUGUGGCAACGCAGUCCAAGACACUCCCUCUCUAGCUGGCUAUCGGUGGUAUUAUCAGUAUUUGAUCGGACUCUGUGAGAAACAACAGGAGAGCACCCAAGCAAACAUGAGAGCUGACAAAUCCACAGCUCCCAAGAAGCUGCCAUGCUGGAUCUUCAGUGUGGUUGUCAUCCUCUUGAAUCUUCCCGCUGCCCUGGCAUUUGCCCCGGUUGGAGCUCCAGGACGACCUCUGAGUUUGAUUGUCCGAGCCAACAAGGAUGGUGACGACGACAAGGCAGUGGACGCACUUUCCAAGACAUCCUGGUAUGUUGUGGAAGCAUUUGGCAAGGUCUUUGGGUCCGCCGACAAAGACAAGAAAAAUGAGGUGGCAGAUUCGAUAGAUUACUCCAUGGACAAGGCACCAAGUUCUGCGCAAGAAACUCUGCAGCGCAUCUUGGAUGACUACAAUCGAUCCUACUUUUUGUCGGGCCAGGUAGAUGCCCUCAUUUACGAUGAACAGUGUGUUUUUAGCGACCCCUUUGUGGCAUUUGCGGGACGGGAUCGGUUCAUUGAAAAUUUGGCCAAUCUAGGAUCCUUCAUUACCAAGUACAGUGUCAAACCAAUCACGACAGAAGCCAAAGAUCCCCUCUAUGUCAAGACAAAAUGCAUGGUCAAACUGGAAUUGGCGUUGCCAUGGAAACCAGUCUUGGCGUGGCCUUGGGGCGUGGAUUACACCAUUGACAGUGAAACCUUCCUAAUCACAGAGCACAAGGAAAGCUGGGAUAUAGAGCCACUAGAGGGAGUCAAGCAGAUAUUUCGCAAACCCACCACCCAAGUGUAG